AUGUCCGCACCACAUUUUGCCAACUUUAUUAUCAAGCGGCCCUGGCUUCUGCGUGUGUUUGACCCGUUCGCGAAGUGGUACACAAACGCUGCCGGAUACCGCAAAUUGGGCUUGAGGGCCGAUGACCUUAUCCCAGAAGAGUCUGAGGUUGUCCUUCACGCCUUAAAGCGCCUACCUCCCAAAGAUGCGUAUGAUCGAGUUUUUCGCAUAAGACGAGCAGUACAGUGUUCCCUCUCGCACCAACUUCUCCCCAAGGAAGAGCAGACCAAGCCUGAAGAGGACGUUGAAUACCUGGGCCCAUUGAUAAGAGAAAUCGAGGCAGAAGCCAGAGAACGCGCAGACUUGGAGAGUCUAGCCAUUGAAAAGCGUAAAUAA